CCUCUCGCCAAAUCCUACGCCCUUCUCUCGCUCCAACGUCCAAACCACCCCAGUCCCCCAAUACCCACCCCCCAUCAAGCCCGCCCUUCCUCUUGUCUUUGUUCUUUUCGUUUGCGGGGCGUGCGACCGGCCAACAUGCACAAGAUAUCAAACUUCACCGGUCAGGCCCGGCAUGGGUGGGAGAAGAUGACGCCCUCGAUGGGCUUCGGCAUGUCACGAUCACAUAACGACCUUCCCAACCAGCCUGUCAAGCGGCCCUCGAAUGCCGCCGCCGUCACUCCCACCAUACAGCCCGGCACUUUUGUCAACCUGUCCUUCAAUGUCCCCUUUGCCUCCAACCUGGGCGGCCCUGACGCCGAGGACGUCGUCUACGCGAGUCCCGGCGCUUUUGCUCGCUGGACCCGGCAAGACGAGACUCCUGAGGCUGCCCUGCCACCGCCCACCCACACGCUGCCCGUACACGUCGCAAACGUCGAGAACCUGCGGUCACUAUGCAAACAGCUGAGCGCCACCAGCAACGGCACCCUGGACGCCACCGUCGUCUCGUCCGAGCCCAAGCCGCUGCCGGGCCUGCAGCGCGUCACCACUCUGGUUACCAACGUCUGCCUGUCAGGAGAAGCCGACCUCGUCCGCUCGAUAAGGUGCAAAAUUCUCAAUGAGACGCCCAUAGCUUUGCGAUGCACCACGGUGGACUUGGACUACAACAUGGUCUUCGAGAAGGACCAAGCCAAGUCGCAAGUCCUGACUCAUAUCGAUGAGAUCGCAAAGGUCACCAAGGCCGACAUUUUCCUGCUGCAGCCGAAGCCGAUCGAUAUUGAAUCGGCAAGUAUCAACGGCACGCUCCACGACACGGAGCAGCGCUUGAGAUGCGCCAUCUACGGCGACGUGGAGAGCGCCGAGUUUGCAAAGACGAGGAUAUUGAUCAUGAUUGACCAGAUUCUCCACAGGCACGUCGACACGAUGAAGCUCGAGCUAACCAUGCACACUCUUAUCUGCGGGAGAGCCCGCAAGAACAUCAAGCUUAUCGAGUCUGCUACAAACACUGCGAUUUACUUUCCUCCUCCUUUCCCACGGUUGUACGGCUAUACGCCCCCAGGGGCCCUUAGACGCCCAGAGGAUGAAAUCAUCAUCACCGGUGAAAAGCCUGAUGACAUCUUGCAGGCCAAGCACAGGCUGCACGACCUGGUUCUCAGCACUCGGGCUUUCAUGAAGGAAGUUAUCGUUACGACGAGCAAGAUCGACAACAUCUUGCUUGAGCGCCUGGACAAGGUGCGCAAGAUCAUUGAGAACAACGGCUCGUAUAUCUUGCUUCCCCCGCUCGGAUUCCAGCGUGGUCCAAUCCGCGUUCAGGGCACCGAUGUCUUGAAUGUGGAGAGGACUAUUCGUGAGCUUAUGGCCCUGGCCGGUCAGUUCUACAGCGCUUCCUGGUGCAUCACCCAUGCCGAUCCCUCUCAAAGGCCUCCCACUCCGGAUGACGUGAGGGCCAUGUUGUCUGACAUCUGCAUCAACUCCGGUGCGGAGAUCAGCUUUGAAAGGUUGAACUUCCACAUCAGUGGCUCUGAUGAUGCCGUAAAGGCUGCCAUGAUGGUUAUCAACAACAUUCCUUUCGUUCGCAAGUCUCAGUACAACAUGAGCGUUAAGAUUGAACUGGCCAACGAGCACAAGGAAUUCGUCAGUGGCAAGAAGAAUGGCAAAAUCAACAAGAUUAUGAGUCAGAGCAACGUUCAGAUUGUUUUUGAUGGAUUCAACGAGUACAACUUCUACAUUGUCGUCCGCGGCGCUCGCUACGAGGAUACGAAGGGUGGACUCGAUCUUGUUGAACAGGAAAUGCCAGCGGCUAUCUCCUUCCACGUUCCCGACCAGUACCAUAAGCGCAUCAUCGGUAUCGGCGGACAGCACAUUCAGCGCAUCAUGAAGAAAUACUCCGUCUUCGUCAAGUUUUCCAAUGCAAUGGAUCGUGGUGGUCUUGGCAAGGAAGAGGACGAUAUCAAGGUCGACAACGUCAUUUGUCGUACUCCCGCUCGCAAUGCGCAGAACUUGGAUCUCGUCAAGCAAGAAAUCAUGGACAUGGUUGAGAAGGUGGAUGCCGAGUUUGUCUCUGAGCAUGUCGUCAUCAACCGUCUUUACCACCGUGAGCUGAUUUCGCGCAUGAAUGAGAUUGAAGAACUCGAGAAGAAGUGGAAUUGCAAGAUUGUGUUCCCUAGCACUGAGCAGGCUAGUGAUGUUGUCACUGUCUCUGGCCCCGAGUACCAGGUGCCUCAGGCUGUUGAUGAGUUCUUGUCCAUGGUCCCAGAAACUCAUGAGAUGAGCUUCCUUGCCCCGAAGGAGCUGAGUGACUUCCUCAGAUCUGACGAGUUCAGAAAGGACGUUCUUAUGAAGAUGAAGGCCCAAUACAACAUUGAGGUCCAUCUCAACGAGUCCCAAACUUCCGAGACUCCUGAGCGUAUGAUUGAGAACCUUGUCAUGAGCUACACGCGCAACUAUGCCGGUGGUCUGAAGGAUGCGAUUGACUAUUUCAUUGCUCGUCUUGUGGCCCACGGCCUUGAUGUCACUCAGAUCAUCAAGGGUGCCAUUCCUCGUCCCAAGUCUGACUCCUUUGAGGACAGCCUGCCUUUCUUUGCUUCCAGAGUCCUUCAGCCGGCCGAGCCGCGCUUUGACUCGACCGACUCUCCCACUCGUUCUGUCUUUGGAGAUGACACCGGCUCUGAGCGUAUGGGAUUCUUGGACAGGCUUCGCAAGCCGGGCAGCAUGUCCUCUUUCUCCUCGUUCAUCGAGCGCCGUAAGAACGGUUCGAACUCUCCUGGUUCCCUUUUCACGCACGCCUCGCGCAAUGCUUCCAAGGCGUCGCUCGUCUCCCUUGAAUCCCAGUCUAGCUACCGCAACCCUUGGAAUGAUAGCGGUAUUAACCUCCCCGACGAGGAGCAUCACACCAACGGCUGGCCGGUACCCUCGGCCGUUGGCUUCCACCAUUCCAACAGUUCGAAACUUUCCUUUCAUGGUACACCCACUUCUGCGGCCCCCGGCGACAUGACGCCCAGGUAUGAUCCGCGGGCGUCUGUCGACAGCGGGCGUCCCAGCACUUCCCAUUCUGCUUCUGGAUACCCGGCCCCGAUUGGGCCCCCUCGUUGAACGACCAAAAAAGAGUUUUCUCUUUUCUUUCUUCGUCAGUGAACGAUACCCCACCCCGAUGAUCCAAACUCGACUCAAUACCCCACACAUCGAUGAACCGAUUCUGGCCACGAAAGAAAGACAUAUACCCCGGGCGAAUACAAAAGCGAGUGUGCGUUCGUCUGUAUGUAUGCGUUGCUUUUAUGUUUGCGUUGCGGUCCUGCUACGUUUCCGACUUUCCUUUUUUUGUUAUAGGCGUUUUUUUUUUUUUUUUUUU